AUGAACUACACGUUAGAGAACCAACUGGCAGAAAUGUUAAAAGAGUUUCAAUCAAGGAGCCAAGCCAAAGCUGCUUUGGUAUUAGGUUUAUACGUGCUUAUUUUGUUGCUUUUGUUUCUUGGGAACAGUCUUACACUCCUUGUUAUGUUGUUAAAUCGACGGAUGAGGACAAUUCCAAACAUGUUCGUUGCAUCACUCGCUGUUUCUGACCUAUUAUUAGGCCUUUGCAGUUUUGUACCUUUUGGCAUUCCAGUAUUAGUGACUUCCCAUUGGCUGUUUAACGAUACAGCUUGCCAAUUUCAAGGUUACAUUACUAUCGCGUUGGUUGUCGCUUCUUUUUAUACAUUGGUCUUAAUGGCAGUGAACAGAUAUUAUAGAAUCGUCAAACCAGCAAAGUACCAACGCUACUUCACAAAGAAGAAAACCCUCAUCAUGAUUCUUGUGUCAUGGUUCUCUUCUUUUUGUGCUCCAUUGCCUCACGUGCUAAGCGGAAUAAAAAUAGUCUUUCAUCCUGCCAAGUUCUUCUGUUACUUUGUCAUAGAAGAAAGGGCAUUCCUACAUUAUGGUAGUCCUCUUUACAUAGGUGUCCCAACCUGUGUUAUUAUUUACUGCUACUUAAGAAUCUUCUCAACAGUUCGCAAUCACAACAGAAAUCUUCAUCCUCCCAACAAUCUGAUAAGCUCGGUCAACGUAGAAGACGUUAAAGUGGCUCGCACCAUAUUUUUAGUAGUAGUAUUUUUUAAUCUUUGUUGGAUUCCAAUCUUAACAGUUAACGUUUUGGACGAUGUAUUCCAAAGAUGGAUCUUCCCUACUGAGGUCUACAUUUUAAAUUCGUUUUUGGGCACUUUAAGCAGCGCGGUGAAUCCUUUACUUUACGGCGUGAUGAACAAGAGUUUUCGUACGAAUUAUUUGAAGCUGUUACGCUGCACGUACUGCCGAUCUCAAGUUGUUGUAGAACCAAUGGCUCGGUAA